UCCUUCCCUGCAUCUCUCAUUCUGAUCUCAGUGUUUAGUCCUUCACUCCGUGAACGUGGCGUAUGCAUACGGUAUCUAGCUAGCUAGCAGUGAUCGGAUUUAGAUCGACAACCAAAGACGUUGUCUCGAAGAAAGUUGUCUAGUAGAAAGAAUCGCAGCACGACCUUUCAUUCGUUUGGUUCAUUUUUCGAACCAAAAGUUUGUAGAGGGAAAAGUAACGAAAAGGAGAUAUGGUCGAGGUCAUUCCGAACAGGCUUCAGAAGACAUGGGAGAUAUGGAAUGUCAGGGGAGUCAUUCUCUUCAGCCUUUCACUACAAAUCGUACUGUUUUUGGGUGCUCCCAUGAGAAAGCGCACAGGAAAUAAGCUCUUCAUCCUGGUCAUCUGGGGAUCAUACUUUCUAGCCGAUUGGGCAGCUAGCUUCACUAUCGGGCUCAUCACCAGCAGCAGGAACUCAUCUAAGAUUAUUCAAAAAAGUGACCUUCUUGCAUUUUGGGCUCCGUUCUUGCUAUUACAUCUUGGUGGGCCGGACACCAUAACUGCUUUUGCCCUGGAGGAUAAUGAGCUCUGGCUUAGGCACUUUCUCACCCUAAUAUUCCAGGUUUUCGCCUCGCUUUAUGUCUUCCUGGAAACACUACCAAACAACAAGCUAUGGCUCCCGACUUCCCUCAUUUUCCUCGCAGGAGUCAUCAAAUAUAGUGAACGGACGAGUUCUUUAUAUCGUGCAAGCUGGGGUACAUUCCGAGAAACCAUGCUUACGGAAGCAGAUCCUGGACCAGAGUACGCGAAGCUCAUGGAGGCAUUCUCUUCAAAGAAACUAGCCAGACUUCCUACAACAAUGUCACAAACAGUAGAUGCUAAAAUUAAAGAAUCGAAGUCCGCCUUCUCUUCUUCUCCACCGAAAGAGAACGAGCUAUUAGAUGACUUUGAGGUGGUGAAAUAUGGUUUCCGCUUCUUCAAAAUCUUCAAGGGGCUCAUUGUUGAUCUCAUUAGCCACAAUGAUCGAAAUGAGAGCAAUACCUUUUUUCUUGGGAGAAAGCCUGAAGAUGCACUUAAAGUGUUGGAGGUUGAACUCAACUUCAUCUACGAAGUUCUCUAUACCAAGUUCUUUGUGAUACAUAAUCUCUUAGGAUACCUUUUGCGCUCUGCAAGCUCGCUUUCGGUUCUGGCGUCCCUUGGGAUCUUCUUUUUUUUAGACUGUAAGCAAGGUUUAGAUAAGUUUGAUAUUCGAGUUACAUACACCCUGCUGCUCGAUGCCUUGGGCUUGGAGGCAAUAGCACUCUUCAACCUCAUUUUCUCGGAUUGGACAACAGCAUCUCUCGACAAGAAGCCAAAAACAAAUUCAAGUGAAUCAAGUCUAUUCUGGACCAAGAGGGAGGUGUAUUUCGGUGCAGCUUGAUCAAGAGCUCUCUUGGUCCACAUUUGCUGCAGAAUUACGGUGCCUAAUAGAACAAAGAAAGAAAUGGUGCACAUGUGCAGCCCUUCAUACUUGGGUGGAUUCAACAAUCACCCCCUGCACCCAAGUGUGCUAUACCAGGCUGCUUGCAAACUGAUUUAUUUUUCAAAUGAAU